GCACAGAGGGCGCACCGGUGUCAGUUUGCUCCAGCCCUCCUCUGCAGCGGUCGCUUGUUGCUGUUCUCUCGGAGCAGGGAUUAUUAUUAUUAUUAUUAUUAUUAUUAUUAUUAUUAUUAUUAUUAUUAUUAUUAUUUGGGGGAGUGGAGAUUCCGCCUCCUCACAACCAGGCUGCGUGUGUUCCUGACAGUUCGGCCGCGAGCAGACACGCAGAGAGACGAGCUGGACUCGAACCACACGGAGUCCACACCAGGAGAGCUCCGGGGUAUUUUUCGGCUGAACACUGAUUUUUGUGGCGUAAUUUUUUUUAAAAUUUAUUCCUCCUUCUGGAAGUAUGUGAACCAUUCCUGCCGGGCGUCAGAUCGGGAGCGCAGCGGUGCCACUUUUUGCCACUGGAUUUUGGUUUUUGCUUCUUUUUCUUUCUUUUUUUUUUGCGUUUGGAUUAUUUUCUUCCAGGAGAUGCCAAGUUGUUGCCUGUGAAACGCAGGAUGCUGGGGACUCUACAACCACCAGAUCCCUUACUCUGAGAGAAUAUCCGCUAUUUCUGAUUCUCUCCUCUUCUUCUUUGGUCUUGUUCUUGGUUGGUUUAUCUUGUUAUCGAUGUGGUGCCAUAAUCUAAGGAUGCGCUGUGGAUUUCUAUUGUUCCUUUUCACCCAAAUCGUCUCGGUGUCUCCGCUCACUUACAUUGAUAGAUGCGGCGGAGAGAUCACGAUCCACUCGGCGAACUACCUGACCUCCCCGGGUUACCCCGGCGCCUACCCGCCCUCCCAGCUCUGCGUGUGGGUCAUAACGGCACCGGAGCCCAGCCAGAAAAUCCUCAUCAACUUCAACCCGCAUUUUGACCUGGAGGACCGAGACUGCAAGUAUGACUAUCUGGAAGUCUACAACGGCGGCGCGGACGAGUCUUCGUCCAUGGUGGGGAAGUUUUGCGGGAAAAUCGCGCCGUCGCCGAUCAUCUCCAGCGGCGACCAGCUCCUCAUCAAGUUCGUCUCCGACUAUGAAACCCACGGAGCGGGAUUCUCAGUUCGAUACGAGGUCUUCAAGACAGGUCCGGAAUGCUCCAGGAACUUCACGGCUCCCAGCGGCGUCAUCGAGACGCCGGGCUUUCCCGAGAAAUACCCCAACAACCUGGAGUGCACCUUCAUGAUAUUCGCCCCCAAGAUGGCGGAGAUCACGGUGGAGUUCUACAGCUUCAACAUGGAGCCCGACACCACGCCGCCGGCCGGCGCCGUCUGCCGCUACGACUGGCUGGAGGUCUGGGACGGCUUCCCCGCCGUGGGUCCUCACAUCGGCAGGUACUGCGGCCACAAGUCUCCGGGUCGGAUCAUCUCCCACACGGGCAUCCUGUCCAUGACCAUCACCACCGACAGCGCCAUCGCCAAGGAGGGCUUCACGGCCAACUACACCAUCCGAGAGAGGGAGCCGCCCGCUGGGCACCAGGACGACGAUUUCGCCUGCAUGGAGCCGCUGGGCAUGGAGUCCGGGGAAAUCCCCUCAGACCUGAUCAGGGCGUCCUCCCAGUACAACUCCAACUGGUCCCCGGAACGCUCCCGGCUCAACUACCAGGAGAACGGCUGGACGCCGUCAGACGACACCAUCAGGGAAUGGAUUCAGGUCGACCUGGGGUUCCUCAGAUACGUCACCAGCAUCGGGACCCAGGGAGCCAUUUCAAUAGAGACCCAGAAGCAUUACUUCGUCCGCUCCUACAAAGUGGACCUGAGCACCAACGGAGAGGACUGGAUCACAGUGAAGGAGGGCUCCAAGCAGAAGAUCUUUCUGGGGAACCACAAUCCAACAGACGAAGUCCGUGCCUUCUUCCCCAAACCGAUUCUGACCCGAUUCGUUCGUAUCCGCCCGCUUACCUGGGAGCAAGGCAUCUGCAUGCGCUUCGAGGUCUACGGCUGCAGACUGUCAGACUACCCGUGCUCGUCGAUGUUAGGCAUGGUGUCUGGGCUGAUCUCUGACCCUCAGAUCAACGCUUCGUCCUUCGCCGACCGGGGCUGGGUGGCCGAGAACGUCCGGUUGUUGACGGGCAGGUCGGGAUGGACCGGGCAGCAGACCAAGCAGCCCUUCAAGAACGAGUGGCUGCAGGUGGAUCUGGGCCAGGACAAGAUACUGAGCGGUGUGGUGAUCCAGGGAGGAAAACACCACGACCGCAACGUUUACAUGAAGAGGUUCAAGGUCGGCCACAGCCUGGACGGUGAAAACUGGACCGUCGUUAAGGAGGAGAACACCACCAGGCCGAAGGUCAGCUCGCUCACGCUGAUUUAAAACACAACUGUUCUGAUUACAGCUGGCAGCCAGGGCGGCGCUCAGCGUGACAGCUGCUGCUUCUGGGCAAAACAGGAAAGUGUAGCGCGAUGGGGAAGAGUUGUUGCUGAAGCAAAAGACAAAACAUGAAACACCGUUCAAGAUGGUUCUGGAUACAAACGGCGCCAUCUUGGAGCUGGUCCAAGAUCAGCGGCUGCUCAUCAGCAUGAGAGGGAGUGAACGGUUUGGACUUGAGAUUCAGUUUCUGACUGGACUUAAAGGUUUUCAGGACAACUCCA